AGAUAUGAAGCAAAAUCAGAAUCAAAGGUUGCUUGUUUUUCACUCUGACCAACACAUAGAGAGACGGACAAUCCCUCCUCCUCUAUGUGUUCAGGUCUCAGAGGGGCAGGACUUGGCUGUGAGGGGCAGGACUCAGCUGUCAGACCUCGGUGCGUCCCACAGAGCCAACAGAGGGAGUUCAGGGAGGAGGAAACCUGACGUCUGUUUUUCUUCCAGCGGAGAUGAGACUGAAGAUGAGGGGCUGCUGAGACGACAGACAUGGACAAACAGAAAGUUCUGGUGAAGCUGAUCUGGGAUCUGCAGACGUUCCUGUCGGUUCUUGACUCGGAGAACCUGAGCUACAUCGCUCAGGCGCAGAAGAAGUCGAUCUCAGAGCUGCUGUCCAAACUGCAGACGCCUGACGCUCCAGUGGAAGAUGCUGAGUACAUGGUGAUGAGCUGUCCAUCAUUGUCGCUAGGCAACGAGCUGGAUGACUCACCUGGGACAGAUGCAGUUUGGUCGUCAGAGCUGAUCUCACAUCAGGACCUGUCGGACUGGAUGAAGAGCGGGGGCCCCACCGUCCCUCCUCAUCCUCCAGGUGGGCUUGGCGGUGACGAUGAAGAGGACACGUACGAGGAAGCAGAACCUUACGUAGCGUCUGAAACCAACACAGAGAGGCCGGAGUCAGAGAGCAGUCACUACGAGUCGUACGGUGAGGAAAACGAUGAUGAGGAUGAAGGAGGCCUUGUGAAGGACAGAGCUCACUACAUCCAGUGGAGCACCUCCCAGAUCAGUCUGCGGCCCACGCCGGAGUCCCGGCUCUGUGGGUACCUGUGGAGGAGGAAGUGGCUCGGACAGUGGAGCAAGCAGCUCUUCAUCAUCAAGAACGACAUGCUGCUGUGCUAUAAAUUUGCUCGGGAUCUGCUGCCCCAGCUGGAGUUGAACCUUCACGGCUGUCAGAUUGUCUACAAGUCGAAGAGCAGCGCCAAGAUCCAGCACCAGCUCAAACUGGUCCCAGUGGGCUCUGAGUCUCUGGUUCUGGGCUACAGCAGCUUCCAGCAGGCGGAUGAGUGGAGGAAGGUGAUAGAGGAGGUGAGCGCUGGAGGUGAAGUGGAGUCUCAGAGCUUCUCCUCUCUGAGUAAAUCUGAUCUGCGGUUGUCCUGCAGGUCCAGUGCAGUUCUUACUGACUCUGAUGAGGAGAAACCUUCAACUUACUGCAGCCUCAACAGAGACAAAGGGUUCCUGAACGUCCUGAUGAACUGCCAGUGGCAGAGUUUACAGUGUCAGGUGGAGGACGGCGUCCUCAACAUGUUCGGAGAGGAGAUGGAGAAAGACGAGGAGGAAGAGGUGAAGCGGUCGCCUCAGUACACGGUCCAGCUCCGAGGCUGUGAGGUCAGAGACGACCCAGACCGCUCCUACAGGAUCACACUGAGCAUGCUCGGUGACCAGGUGGCCGUGCUGGAGGUGAGCUCAUUGGAGGAAAAAGAAAAUUGGCUGAAGCUGUUGCAGGACGGAGCUGCCAGUCGUGGUUACCAUGACAACAAGACUCAAGAGAACACAGGUGGCGCCCUCAGCGGGUUGCAAACGCGCCGGUUCCCAACCUCCAACGCCUACAUGGACGACCCGUUCUGCCUUACCAGAACCACCAGCAGCCAGCCCCUCUACUCCAACGCCGCUCCACAGAAAGCCCUGCGACACGGCUCUCAGGAUUCAGUUCACCGUAACUCAGUGUCGUCCAGAGAAUCGGUGACCUACAGCAACACGGUGCUGAGCAGCAGCAGCCGGAUGGUGCCGGCGGUGCAGCGCGACGUCCAGAAGCUGAAGCUGGUCGACACGCCGGCGGUGCAGCUGAGAACCGGGUCCGAAACCAACCUGGCACCUGCUGUGAAGCGAAACAAGCGCACCUCCUUCAGGCAGUCUCUGGCCAUCUGCACUGAGCGCGCUCAGGCGGGCUUCCUGAACCCUCUGCUGCGGCGGACGGCCUCGGCCAAGAACUCGCUGAGACGAGCUCCUUCUGCGCUCUUCAUCGAACACGGGAAGGUUUUCCAGAGGAAGAAGGAAUGGGAGACCAAAGCUGCUGCCUGACGUUUUCCUCCUCAUCAGCAUCCAUCAGGCCUGCAGGCGGCGGAGAAGCUCUGCUCUGAUUGGCUGCUUGGACUCUAAUAAUUCAGACUGGUUAAAGGUGACCAACUGGGCCAACUGGACCGACUGGACCGACUGGGCCAACUGGACCAACUGGGCCAACUGGACCGACUGGACCAACUGGACCAACUGGGCCAACUGGCUCACUGUUUAUUAUAAUCAAGAACAAAAUAACUUUCCAUGAUUCAUUUCUCCUGGGUCCAGUUAAGUUUUUAUUUGUCUGAACUGCUGGUUCUGGACUCAAUCUUCUCCUGCAACACGCGGUCCAGCGCCUGGCCCUUUAAGGCUGCCGUCCGCCUGCUUCUGAUUGGCUGUUAAGGGGUGGGAACAUACGGCCAUAUAAGGACAUGCCAAAGUUGGAAAAGUUGCCUAAUUAGAGAUUAAUUGAGGUCAGUUUACUCUUCAACUAAAGCAGGGAAAUGCCCACAGCCUCAAACUACCAGGGGCCCGGGGUGCCAGGGGCCCGGGGUG